AUGUGCUAUCCGCGGGUUACUCGCACUUCUUCGCGGCGGCCCAACUGCAUUCCUACUAUCAUCACUAUAGUCAAGCCUACCCCUGAAUAUCCUACCACUGAUGCCGAGAUAUCCGGCACUCUCACUACGGCCCCGAGUGCUUCUGGUCAUUCCUCCGGGAACCACCCCUCUACUUCCGAGAGACCAGGAGAGCCCACCGGGAAUAUCUCGGGAGGUGGUUCCUCUGAUGGAAUCUCUAGAACUGCUAGUGCAUCGACCGUGUCCGAUGGCGACAACGGGUCGAAUACCCCCGGCGGCACCACCGCCUCGGAUGAGACCAGCCAUGAUACAGGAUCGAUUCCCCCUACAGUGGUUACCAACUCAGACGGAGAAGUGCCGACAGUUUCCCACCAGGAGAGCACCGAGUUAGCUGUUCCUACAACCGUCACUGGUUCUGAUGUCGUUUCAACUAUCUUGCCACCUGACAGUACCGUCUCGGACUUUCCCACCGUCAUUACCAACUCUGACGGCCAACCAUCGACUGUUUCCAUUCCUGAUAGCACCGAGUCGAAUACUAUUGGCUCAUCUAUCAUUACGGGCUCGGAUGGUCAAGUCUCGACUAUCCUUCUCACUACUGGGGACAUCGAUACAGCUGUCCCAACCGUUGUUACCAACUCGGACGGCGAAGUCUCGACGAUUUCCGGUGGGAAUGACGUCACCUCAGCUGUUCCAACAGUUGUCACCAUCUCAGAUGGCCAAGUCUCAACCAUCCUUCCGACAACUGAGGAUAUCGAUUCGACUGUCCCGACCGUUGUUACGGGAUCUGACGGCGAGACGUCAACCAUUGGCUCUCAGUCUGCGACCGACUCAGACGUAACCGUCCCCACGGUGAUUACAGAGUCGGACGGGCAAGUGUCUACCAUCGUCCCUCCAGGGACAGAGACUGGCUCGACUAGCUCAGAUGACCAAGUGUCGACGGCCGAAACUGAUUCAGCCACCUUGUCUGGCAUUGAAACUACCAACUCAGAUGGCCAAAUAUCAACGAUUUUCCCUACUGAAUCUGCCGUAUCAGAUGAGAGCUCUUCCACCUUCGCUGGCAGCUCAGAUGCCCCAGAAACGGGCACCACUGUCCAGGAAACUACCGAGACCGGAACUGUUGGGGAUGAGACUUCCGCAACUGAAGCUACUGAAACUCAAACUGCAAGCGACAGCUCUUCAUUCCCUACCGGUAGUUCCGAUGCAACUAAAGCCACAUCCACUCCGCAGGAAACUACCGCAACUGAGACCGCUGGGGAAGAGUCUUCUGCAGCUGACGCCACGCAAACUCCAGGGACCGAGACAACAAGUGAGAACUCUUCUCUUGCCACUGAUGGCUCCCACACAACCGAACCUACGUCUACUGCUCAGGAGUCAACCGGAACUGCGACCACUGCACCCGAUACAAGUGACUUGACCACCACCGAGUCCACAGGAAGCGAUGCAGAGACUACUGCAGCUGAGACUACGGAGUCAGGCGCUUCUGAUACUGAGGCCACCGAACGGGAAACGACAAAUAGCCCCAGCACAGUCCAGUCUACAGAAAGCGAUGCUGGGACCACCGGACCUGGCACUACUACAUCUGAGGCUACGGAGUCUGACAAUCCUGCUACCGAGACCACAGACGCUGAGACUACAAGCAACCCUGUUACAUCCCAAUCUACAGAAAGCAACGAUGCAUCCUCGGAAGAAACUGUGGGAUCGGAGACAAGUGCUGAGACCAAGACCGGAUCCGAUACCACGGCUCCCACGACGCCCACCUCACAAACGGAUUCUGACGAAACCACCACUAACCCAGGCGACGCGACAACUCAAACUGAGCCAGAGCAAACAGAGUCAGAGGGCCAACCCACAACAGGGGAUAGCCAGGUCACAUCCCGUGAUGGUGAUGGCAAUUCAUCUCCAUCGACGCAGACGACCCCCCCUCCAACUACCACAACCGAUGACAAUGUUGUCAUCCCGGUGACAACCUCAGUCGAUGAACCUAAGCCGACAGAUGACGGUUUCGUCAUCCCCUGCAACCUGUGGUUCUUCAACAUCUGUAUCGGACCCAUCUUUGGGUGGAAGAUGAUCCGUCCGCCUGGCAUUUAUCCGCCGGGUCCCCCACCAUCCAUCUCCAUCCCCCCGGGACUUGGUAUUGAGAUCAACAUCAAAGGGAAUCUCCCGGACUGGCCAGAAUUCACUAUUGGGGAAGACAACAAUCCAACCUUCUCUGAGGAACCCACAGAUUGUGAGACCGAGUCAGCCGAGUUAUGCAUGACGAGCACCUCCUACAGCGUUUCUGUCGAUGCUACGACGACCAGCACUGUGACAAGCCAGGUUACUGCCAUGUGCGGAACCGUUUAUGGCUGCAACGUCCAAGGCGCUACUGAAAGCGUGACGGAAACAGAGAUAAGCACUGCCUCGCAUUCCCCAACAGCCACCCUGUUCCAUCCCAUGGAACAGUGGCCAGACAUGGUAGAGAGCCAAGAAGCUAUCGACGCAGCGGCCGAUCAUGCCCAAUCCGAACUUGACUCGAUCUUUGGCACCAGGACAACUGACGCCCCAACCUCAUCUGCAUCUUGCCCCGUCAUGGCGACUUUAGACGCCGGACAAGGAGAUGAGGGGCUCCAGAGAUGCCGGACGGUCUGCGAGCUCGAGCAGUUCAAGCCAUUCAAGAUGUACCCCAGGAAGUUAAACGACGUGAUGACAUCCACCUUUUGCAACGGGAGUACAGUGCCGAUCAACGGGACCGCGAACCGAGAAUUCAUAUUCAGUGACACGAGUUCGGUCAUGGUGCAAGUUUUCACGUCCUCUAGCCAGGACGGCUGCAAACCACAGGCCGAAUUCACUCUAAACGACUACUGCCGCACCUCCCUAGGGCUCUUGACGGAAUGUGACUCAGACAGCAGUGUUAGUGGAGGUGGUAUAUUUUUAGACAGGUCUGAAUACGGGUGUCUUGUGUGGAGUAUCGGUGCUAUCAACAGCUCGGACUCAGACUUGGCUAUUCCAAGGACCAAUAUUACGGAUAUCGCCAACGGGGUUGGGUCGGGCAAGAGGGCAGUAGCCAGGUCUAUUGACUUGUGGUCUAUGGGUUAA